CCGCAGCCAGCGGUCGCGUUGACUAAGGCUUGACACUUCUUGUUAUUCACCACCACGAAUUAUGGAAUCGUUCGACAAUUUUCAAUUCGACGCUGGCUCUUCGUACGGUGGGAUGGGCGUAGUGGACGAUACGUCCUCCGUCUACACCUCCACGACUCAAGAACAAGACCAAGACCAGGACCAAGACAAUGCAUCUUCAUUAGACCUCUCUAGUCUAUCUCUCAACGGCAAAGAUCAAUCGCCUACAAUUAAUGGUGGCGUCAAACAAGAGGAUCUGGACGAAGACUUUGAUGCUGUUUUAGAUGACCUCAAGGAUGAUGGUGGACAGGUGGAUUUGCCUCCUCAUGCUUGUAGUUACUGCGGAAUUCAUUCCCCAGCAUCCGUAGUCAAAUGCUUGAUUUGCAGCAAAUGGUUCUGCAAUUCUCGAGGAAACACUUCCGCUUCCCACAUCGUCAAUCACCUCGUGCGCGCAAAGCAUAAGGAAGUCAUCCUACAUGCCGACAGCCCUCUCGGAGAGACGGCUCCAGAAUGCUACAACUGCGGAAGUAAGAAUGUGUUCAUGCUUGGUUUCAUCCCGGCGAAAAGUGAUACAGUCGUUGUGCUGCUUUGUCGCCAACCAUGCUCAGCCAUAUCUAAAGACAUAUCCUGGAACUCCGCUUUAUGGGCGCCCCUCAUCGAUGACCGCUCGUUCCUCUCGUGGCUUGUUAAACCUCCAUCCGAAACCGAACAACUCCGCAGUCGCCAAAUAUCCUUCGACCAAAUAAAUCGUCUAGAAGAACUCUGGCGUGAAAAUGCCUCUGCUACUCUGGAAGACCUCGAGAAGCCUGGGGUUGAUGAUGAACCGCAUCCAAUCUUGCCACGAUACGAAGACGCUUACCAAUACCAAAACAUAUUUGGACCGUUGGUGAAAAUUGAGGCCGAUUAUGAUAAAAAGCUCAAGGAAAGUCAGACGCAGACGGAUAUCACGGUUAGGUGGGACGUCGGGCUGAAUCAGAAGAGAGUUGCCUGGUUCUGUCUUCCCAAGCUGGAAAGUGGUGAAGUUCGGUUGGCAGUUGGGGAUGAGUUGAGGCUGAGAUAUUUGGGAGAGUUGCAUAAGCCCUGGGAUGGGGUUGGGCAUGUUAUCAAGAUUCCUAACAACGUUUCGGAUGAAGUUGCCCUUGAGCUGAGAAGAACCGACGGAGUUCCUUUUGAGUGCACGCAAAAUUUUGCUGCCGACUUUGUGUGGAAAUCCACUAGCUUCGAUAGGAUGCAGCUCGCCAUGAAAACAUUUGCCGUCAACGAGAAGAGUGUUAGUGGUUAUAUUUAUCAUAAACUCCUAGGACACGAGCUUGAGCCUCAGACACUGCGCACUCAGAUGCCCAAGCGUUGGUCCGCACCUGGUCUUCCGGAACUCAACCACUCCCAGAUGUUCGCCGUGAAGAGCGUCCUCCAAAAGCCUAUUAGUUUGAUUCAGGGUCCUCCCGGCACCGGAAAGACUGUCACAUCCGCCACCAUCGUCUAUCACCUAGCGAAAAUGAAUCCCGACCAAGUCCUCGUUUGCGCUCCUUCAAAUGUCGCUGUAGACCAGCUGACCGAGAAAAUCCACGCUACGAGUUUGAAAGUCGUCCGUUUGACGGCGAAAUCUCGGGAGGCUUUAGAUUCGAGUGUGAGCUUCUUAACGCUGCAUCAACAAGUGUCGAAUGCUACCCAUCAUGUGGAGUUGCAAAAGUUGAUUCAGCUGAAGAAUGAGCAGGGAGAAUUGAGUAGUAAUGAUGAGAGGAAGUAUAAGACCCUCAUCAGGCAAUGUGAAAGGGAGAUCUUGGGUGCAGCUGAGGUUAUCUGCUGUACAUGUGUGGGAGCUGGUGAUCCGAGGUUGAGUAAGUUGAAAUUUAGGACUGUGUUGAUUGAUGAAGCUACGCAGGCUGCUGAGCCAGAAUGUAUGAUUCCUCUCGUUCUUGGAUGUAAACAGGUCGUUCUCGUCGGUGAUCAUCAACAAUUAGGACCCGUUAUCAUGAACAAGAAAGCGGCUCGGGCGGGUCUAACGCAAUCGCUGUUCGAACGUCUUGUUCUCCUCGGAAACCGACCCAUCCGAUUACAAGUUCAGUAUAGGAUGCAUCCUUGUCUGUCGGAGUACCCGUCGAACAUGUUCUAUGAAGGCUCCUUGCAGAAUGGUGUUACUGCUCCGGAGAGGUUGAGGAAGAACGUUGAUUUUCCAUGGCCUGUACCCGACACUCCGAUGUUUUUCUAUCAGAAUUUGGGUCAGGAGGAGAUUUCGAGCAGUGGAACGUCGUUUUUGAAUAGGACGGAAGCCAAUAACGUCGAAAAAAUCGUCACCAAGUUCUUCAAAUCUGGAGUUGUACCUGCGCAAAUCGGUAUUGUCACUCCGUAUGAAGGUCAACGAUCCUAUAUCGUCAAUUACAUGCAGUUUAAUGGGUCGCUCAAGAAGGACCUGUACAAGGAAGUUGAAGUCGCCUCUGUUGAUGCGUUCCAAGGGAGGGAGAAGGAUUAUAUCAUUCUGAGUUGUGUGAGAAGUAAUGAGCAUCAGGGGAUAGGGUUCUUGAAUGAUCCAAGGCGGUUGAAUGUCGCGUUGACUAGGGCAAAAUACGGGAUUGUUAUACUUGGUAACCCGAAGGUGCUGAGUAAGCACCCACUAUGGCAUGACCUUCUGACACACUACAAGUCGAUGGAAUGUCUCGUUGAAGGUCCCUUGAACAAUCUGCAAGUCAGUAUGAUCCAGUUUAGCAAGCCUCGUCGGUCUUUAGCAAAAGCCAUGGACCAAUUCCGGAGGCAUGAAACGAACGCUAGAGAUUUCAUCCCCACACGAAGCUCAGGGACUCCAAGCCGAUUCGAUGCGAGCUUCUAUAGGACUCAUGAUGCGGUGGGAUAUAUCCCGAGCGAUGUACAGUCGCUUCGUAGUCAAGCGACAUACUCUUCAGGCUUGCCGAUGUUUACUGCGAACGGACCCUUCAGUGCACAGGUUCCUCGUGGUCCUGGCGGUGUGGGUGGAGGAAAACGACAAGGAGGUGGGAGUAGUGCGUAUGGUGGAAGUUAUGCGAGUUCGAUUAUUUCUCAAGAUCCUGGGCCUACUCAGAGUGUUGUUGGGGGUGAGAGGGAUAUGGAACGAGCGAGUUUGAUAUCGUACAAUCAGAGCGAUCGGGUUACUGGGCGUGGAGUCGGAGGUGUGGGUGUAGGUGGUGGUAGGAUGGGAGGUAGAGGAAGGAGACCGUCAUUUGGGUCUAGCUCUGUUGCGGGUACAAGCGAUGUGGGCAGUCUGAGCCUCGGAGGCUCUCAGUACGAUUACAAGAGUCAAGGCGAAGACGUUGAUUUGGACGAUGUCAAGUCACAGUAUACGGGGACACAUGGUGUUACCGUUUUCUGAAACUCUAGGGGGGGGAUUUUUGCAGGAACUGCCCGAUGCGCUAGGCUGGGAGGUUUAACGGGAAUCUACACUCUUUCCCUGAGUGCCGAUGGGUAAAAACUCGCAGGGUUUACAUCCACCGCCAACCUAUUUCUUGGGUCAGAUCGCGCGCAAACGAUGCGUGGUUUUUCGAGCUGCCUUCAUCUCUCUGUCUCUCUGAUGGGGAUGCAUAGAACUUAAAUUGACUGUCCGUAUCUUCCCCCCCCCCCCCAUUCCCUCGGACCGGAACUGUUCGGUCGUUUGUGUCCAUAGUGGCGAAACCGGGAUGUAGGAAAUGGGGAUUUAUUUGGAGUUGGGUUUGAUAAUCAAAAAAAAGAAAAACAAACAAACGAAGCGUUUACUAUAUCAAACGAUAAUGAUAUGUAACUGGGUUAUGACUUUAUGUUGGUAUGGAUAUGGAUAUGAUUAUGAUUAUGACCU